AUGAUCUGGGUGAGUUUUUAUAUUUUUUUUGGCUUGAAAUUGAAUUUAGAGCUUCUAAAAACAGUUAGAGGGGUCUGUGCCGAUAUUUGACACCGGGUUGAGUGAUUUUUGGCCAUUUUUUUAUAUUAUCCAUGACUGAUCAAGAAAUUUUUGAUCAAAAAAAGCUAAGAAUUAGCCAGAAAAAUGUCAAUGUAGACACGGUUAGUCCCUUUAUGACUUUUUGAAGUUGUUUUGAGCUCAAUUUGGACAAAAUUUUAUCUUCACCAUGCUGGACCAUCCAAAUUUUGACCCAAAAAAAGCUUAGAAUUAACCAGAAGAAUGUUAAAAUAGGUACGGUUAGGCGUUUUAUGAAUUUUUGAAGUUGUUUUGAGCUCAAUUUGGACAAAAUUUUAUCUUCUCCAUGCUGGACCAUCCAAAUUUUGACCCAAAAAAGCUAAGAAUUAGGCAGAAAAAUGUCAAUAUAGACACGGUUAGUCCCUUUAUGACUUUUUGAAGUUGUUUUGAGCUCAAUUUGGACAAAAUUUUAUCUUCACCAUGCUGGACCAUCCAAAUUUUGACCCAAAAAAAGCUAAGAAUUAACCAGAAGAAUGUUAAAAUAGGUACGGUUAGGCGUUUUAUGACUUUUUGAAGUUGUUUUGAGCUCAAUUUGGACAAAAUUUUAUCUUCACCAUGCUGGACCAUCCAAAUUUUGACCCAAAAAAGCUAAGAAUUAGGCAGAAAAAUGUCAAUAUAGACACGGUUAGUCCCUUUAUGAUUUUUUGAAGUUGUUUUGAGCUCAAUUUGGACAAAAUUUUAUCUUCACCUUGUUCGACCAUCCAAAUUUUGAUCAAAAAAACCUGAGAAUUAGCCAGAAAAAUGUCAAUAUAGACACGGUUAAUCCCUUUAUGACUUUUUGAAGUUGUUUUGAGCUCAAUUUGGACAAAAUUUUAUCUUCACCUUGUUCGACCAUCCAAAUUUUGAUCUAAAAUAAUGUCCACGAGAAUUGCAAUCAAUGUUUUUUUGAUUUGUUUUUCAUUUCAGGAUGUUUACUACGCUUGGUUAGUAUGGAGUGUGUCAUCCGGGCAUGGACCUGCUUCUUUGCGCAAUUAAACUUUACGGAAUGGACCGUAAUUAGAAGCAGUGCAGGACUGUUUCAUCUGUCCUAUAUGGGCCGGCCGUUGUAACUUUAAUUUUGUGGUGAGCCACAUCCGUAAUUGGAAGGCGGGCCGGUAAUUGGCGCCAUAAGCCACUUCUCGCCCAGUAGAUCCACCCAUGAAGAAGUUUCUGUUGGUGAAGAUGUUUCUGUUGUAAAACGCAGCGUAAGCUGCUUCACAACCCGUUCGGAAGGCCUACUUGGGCUUGUUCAAUAAAGGUAUGACAGCGGUUUCAGUAAUUUUCAGUAUUUUUUUAUAUUAUCCAUGACAGAUCAAGAAAAUUUUUGGUGUAAAAAAGCUCUGAAUUAGCCAGAAAAAUGUUAAAAUAGACACGGUUAGGCGUUUUAUGACUUUUUAAACGUGUUUUGAGCUCAAUUUGGACAAAAUUUUAUCUUCACCUUGCUGGACCAUCCAAAUUUUGAUAAAAAAAAGCUGAGAAUUAGCCAGAAAAAUGUCAAUACAGACACGGUUAGUCCCUUUAUGACUUUUUGAAGUUGUUUUGAGCUCAAUUUGGACAAAAUUUUAUCUUCACCUUGCUGGACCAUCCAAAUUUUGAUCCAAAAAAAGCUAAGAAUUAGCCAGAAAAAUGUUAAGAUAGGCACGUUUAGGCCUUUUGUGACUUUUUAAACUUGUUUUGAGCUCAAUUUGGACAAAAUUUUAUCUUCACCAUGCUGACCCACCCAAAUUUUGACCCAAAAAAAGCUAAGAAUUAGCCAGAAAAAUGUCAAUAUAGACACGGUUAGUCCCUUUAUGAUUUUUUGAAGUCGUUUUGAGCUCAAUUUGGACAAAAUUUUAUCUUCACCUUGUUCGACCAUCCAAAUUUUGGUCUAAAAUAAUGUCAAAAUGAAUUGCAAUCGAUGUUUUUUUUGAUUUAUCUUUUAUUUCAGGGCGACCGCUACCCGACCCAAUUCAAAUCCAAUGGUUGGAGUGAAUUUGGGAGGCGUAAAAAUUAAUUUAUCCUUCCCAGGACUGGCCACCAACCUUUUGGUCUUUGUAAUUGGAGCUAUCUCACUUCUCACCGAAACGGUCUUACUCAUCAAUGCUAAAGUGGAUCGUAAGCUGCUUCACAAGCCGUUCGGUAGGUCUUCUUGGGCUUGUUCAGGGUAAGAUCUAUUUUAUCAUGGAUAAUAUAAUUUUUACUGAAAUUAGAGGAAAUGUUGGUCAUAAAACUCUUAAAAGAGUAUGUAUUGUCUAGGUAGAGCUUUUAUAAGUGUUUUUCUGAUGUUGGACAAAAUUUUGUUUGUCAUGGAUAAUAUAAGUUUUUGUUCAUAUUGAGUUGAAACAGGUGUUAGAUGAGGCGAACUUGCAUAAUUUACUCAGAUUAGCGUUGAGUUUUCUCUCUUUAGUCUGCUUUUUACUUUUUUUUUACAUUUUUGAUAUUGUACAUGGUAGCCAUUUUUUUAGUAGUUUGA